AUGCAUCGACUUUUUGCUGAGCUGCAGCCAUCUGUAACCGUCACCGAGCAAAACCUGGCAGACCGAGUUCGGUAUAUCUUGCGCUCAAAUACAUUUGGUGUCACCGAACUCGAACGGCUACGACGUGAGGCUGUUCCUUCAUCGGGUGAAAAUGCUGCGACUGAGGAUGCGAAUCCACAACUUGCUGAGCAAACGGCAAAUGUGGAUGCCGCCGUGAAUACGCCAGUUGUGGUUACAACUGGCGUAUUCAAACGAUGA